GCAGAAUCAGAUGCAGAGAAAACUAAGCGACCACCUCACACAUUUGUUAGUCUGAUUAAGCUUGCACUAGCAACCCAGCAAUGAAAGGUAUGAAGGUUAAAGAAAUCUGCAAAUGGAUUGAAGAUAAUUUUCCAUAUUACAGACAUAGGAUCAGCUCUGGAUGGAAGAGUACUAUCCGCCAGAACUUGUCUAUGUAUUCAUGUUUUGAGAAAGUGAAUGACCCUAGCUCUUCCAAAAAGAAUGGUAGCUACUGGAUUUGCAAGGCUGAAAAGGCUAAAUCAUGCACCCAGCCUACUAAAAGUCACAGAUCUGGUUGCGUGCCCAUCGCGUCAAAAUUUCAGGCUUGCCAGCCUAUGCUGUUGUCUGCUUGCCAGUUGCCCCUUCUUCAGCUUCCUUGUCUUCUAUUACAUUUCCUGAAUCUUCAUCUGUUGGCCUUCAAUCUAGUGCAGUUAAUGCUCUUCCUACUUCAAUGACUACCAACCCUGUGGUUUUGCCAGUGCCCAAGCUUCCAAUUCCUUGAAUAGCAACUGUGUCUCUACCAGCAGCUUACAAGACCAGAGCUUGGGUGUCAGCAGACAAGACAAAAACAAGGAAUGUGGGUAAUAAAAAGUCAACAAAAGUGAGUGAGCGUAAAAAAUGCAGCAGAGGAGUGCCUGGUGGGACAGACCUGGAGGUCUGGAUACAGACCCAAGUAUGUGGGAAAUCUAGCCAGAAAGGUGGACACUCAAGUUCAUUGCCUGCCACAUCUGUCCCUACUGCAACGUCUCAGAGUGAUGGAGAAAAGACAAGAAUGUGUGGGCCAUGUGCUUCUCAUUUCUCUGAAACAGUGGUACGUUCAUUAGAUUUUUCACCUGCUUUGAGUAAAAGGUCUAAUGGCUGUUCAUGGUACAGGCGACCCUUUUCAGAGGAGGAAGACAGUGCAGGAUUUGAGAUCUUGACAUCGGACGAGGGUCACAUAUCAAAGAGCAGAACUCGGCGUAAACAAGUUUACCCUAAGCACUGUCAUGAAAACGACAUUGCAACUAACUUCUUGGAUGGUGAAAUAAUUUUAACCAAGGAUUAAUUGUAGAAGCAGCAUCUUCACAAGUAUUCCCAAGUGAAGAUUCUUCCAGUGUUACAAUACAGCCUAGGAAGAGAGCUAAAAUGGCCUUGCCAGUCUCACCUGUGCUAGGUUCCUCCAACAUGGACUUCUUCAGCUUGCCUUGCAUGCCUACUGUCAACCCUAUUGACUUGGACUGUGAUGUAGCUCAGCAACACAACAUCUCUGUAUCACUUGGAGACUCCUUGACUGCGCCACCUGAAACCUCAACCCCUAUCCGCAACCAGUCCACUGCCUCACUGCAGCAACCCCGAACAUCUCCAGUUGUGGAUGUUUUGCCUCUCAGUCCUGUGAGCACAUUUUUUGAAAAUAUGGCUGACAUCUUUGUGUCUGCCUCACCUCCACAUAUGUUUCUCCCUGUGUCGGGCAACAAUCUGGAAAAGGCUGACUUUCAUCGUGUCAAAGAUUUGACUAGUUCAGCUGACUUUGAUGAUGGGUUCUUGCCCGAAUUGAAAACUCCACCAAGCAGGUGGGGGUGGGCUGGGAGGUGUCAUCUUGAGUUAGCUAAAUCAGGGGGCCACCCUAUGAGUAUAAAAGAUGAAAUAGGCCUGGUACAGAAUCCUAAUGACUACUUUCAGGAGUCAAAUCUAUUGGAUAUGUAUGAAGCCCCUUCUUUUAAUCUUAGCCCUCAGCACUUUCACCUAAAGUGUAGUCCCCUUGUAGUAACAAUAAGUUCCAGGGUUACCCAAAACAAACUUUGACACAGGAAGAUGGGGGCUAUGACACAAGACAUCUGGUUCACACACUCAAUCAGUCUACAGAAUUCCACCACCAGAAUAUCAGCCACAACACUGGUCAGCACACUAUGCUGGCAGGAGCUUCCAGAACAACUCUGGAUGUUAACAAAUUUUGCUGUUUCAUCAAGUCAGUGCCGCAGAUGAAUGCAAAUUCUGGGAACACUUCUGGGAUAGCUGAGCAGAAUGUGGUGAACAGAGAGUUAGAUUUAGGACAGGCCUUAUAUACUUAUCAGCAACCACAGACAAUGACAAAAACAACUGGCACAAACCAAUGCAAAAAUUCUGACAAGGCUAUUUUGCAGAAUGUUGGUUCAUCUGCCACACAGAAUCCAUCACCAUCUCAGAAUCAACUCGUGCACAAAAGCUCUCAUCCUCGCUACCAUUUUGAAGAACAGCAGUGUCAAGAAAACUGUAGCUUCUGUACAAUCAGCAGCAUCAUUCAGAUUUAGGAACUUGUUAUGACUUGUAUAAAGGCCCACAGAUGACUCACAAUCAACAGUGUAUGACGUUUUUCGCCAGCAAUGAAUAACCCCAUCCUGUACGAUGUGCCAUAAAGAGAGUGUCCAAAGGAUGCAUGACCAGAAAAGCAAUCAGGGGAUAGCUACAGGUCAACAGACAUGUACCUCGGUUUUGCAGCAGAGACAACCAGGUACUUUUUGGCAGCAUGUAUUAGGCAUUCACACCCUGCAUGUUAACCUGUGAUAAUGAACUUGUUUUUGAUGAGCGAAGCAACAAAUCCUGCCUGUGAUAUUUGGAAAGGAGAAUAGCAUCUUGUGUCCUGUUGUUGAUCCAACAGUACCACGAAGUAAUGUUUUUCCUUCCAAAGCAGUGAGACAAUACAGGACCUGUUUUUGACUAGAUUUUCUAUGUAAAGUGUUGUGAAGUAUUUUGAUAUUGCAUCCAGCAUUCUAAAGAAAGUCCAUGUUGAACUUUAGAUUGCUUUUGUCAGGACUUUGUUAUAGAUUUUGCAAAGACGUCUAUUGCAAUUUUUAUAUUGGAUACUUUACCAAGUAACACUCUGUCCUAUUUUUGUAUAAUGCAUGUUCUUUGUGACCCACAAAACAAUUAACAUUCCAGAUAUGAAUCCAUCCACAAGACUCAAGCUUUUGUUGCUUUUUUUUAAUUAGGACAGGCAAAUAUAACAUUUUUUUUUUUUGAUUUGGAAAAAAUGUGUGACAUUGUAAGGAACAGCAAACAAGAUGAAUCUAAUGUUUUUAAAAUAUAUUUUUGAUACAAGAGAAAUCUAAGAGUUUUCUUAAUCACAUGUCUUUUGUGCUUAAAUUCACAAGAAAAAUAUUGGUACAUAUACUAACACAUCUCCAGCAUGUAUUACGGAAAACCCUUUAUAUUACCUGGUUCUUUUUGUUAGUCAAACUUCUAGCCACUAAGAAAAUAUCAUUUUUUUCAGUUUGUCUUGUCCCUCACCUACCGUUCAUUUAUAUCUCAUUGAACUGCUGCAGGCACUGUUGACAGUAAUUCUUAAACAAAGAAACAAAAGUAUUCUAAAUCUGCAGUGUGCAUCCACAUGCAUAUUCUGAAAUAAUUUUUCUGCAGAUGGCUUUUAGAUAGUAUAUUUGAUAGACCAGAGAAAACAAAUUUAUAUAGAAGAAAAAACAGGAUCAGGUAUAUUAUCAACAACAGAGCUUGCAAUAACCAGAAAGCAUUAAUUGGCAUGCUCAAAAUAUAAGUAGGCUGAAAGUUUUUAUUAAGAUUAAAGAAAUAUUGGAAUAUUCUAACAGCUCAACUAAAUGUCCUAAAGUAUGCCCAAAUUAUUUUUUUAGCAAUAAAUUGCAAGCAUUUUCAGGAAAUUUUCCAUUUUUCCUUUGAAGUUGUGCUUGAGAACUCCUUCAUAGGUAUGAUUUUAUGCUUGGGGUCUUGAUACACAAACAUUAAUGUGUGGCAAGUACCCUUGCAUGAAAUGGAUUUUACAGAUUUAAGGGAAUCAUUUUUGUGUGCGUUUCUGUUUGAUAACCCUUUUUAGGAUAGAUUUUGGCUCCAGAAUAGUAAUGGAAGGUUUCAAUAAUGUUUCAUAGACUAAUGCUUACUCAUCACUCAUUAAAUUUAUUUGGCAUGAUCAUUGUGUUUUUAGUUGGGGUUUUUUUUUCAGUAAUAGAUGCCUCUAUAGAAAGCAAGUUUGUAUCCAUUGCAGGAGGCUUUAGUUGUUAUGUAUUUUCUUUUUGUGUAUAACCCUGUAAUAAGACCACUGAAUUGUGUUUAAGUCAGCAUUUUCCAUGCUAAGACCUAGAAAGUUCAGAUUCAGAUGAACCUGUAAGGUGUUUCUGCAAAGACUUAUUUCUAAAGUCUUCCAUUGUUGAAUUUUUUUCUUUUAUUUUAAGUAAUGAGAAACAGCUGUUUUCAUAACACAAUAUUUGCAGAAGACAUGAGCGAGCUAUCAGGCUAUGUAAAUAGGCAGCUGAACAGAUGUUUCAUCAAGAAAGAAGACUGCACUUUUUUUUCUCUCAGGCCACCCUUCUCUUUUUAGGAGGGUGUGCAAUGUUAAGGACCAAAGGGAACCGAUUCAUACCUUGGCCAUUCCUUUUUGUUCACCUUGUGCUUUUUAAAGUGAUAUUUUUGAAGUUGUGAAAUAUGUAAUCUACAACAUGCUUGAAUAAAUUUUUUAUGAUGUUCAAGAUUUGUUCUUGGUUUUGCCAAAUGUUUCUCUAGUUGGACAUUUUCACACUGAUUUUUUAUUUCUUUAAUUUUGACUGAAAAAAGUCGAUCAGAGUCGAUCGUAAAACUUGUCAGAGGAACUGUUACAGCCAGCCAUUUUCUAAAACAUUUUCAGUGUUAUUUUUAUUUUCUUUUUUUUUUUUUCAUAAAAAAUAUUUUUACAUCUGUGUUGACUUCCAGGAAAGUGUAAUUUCCAUAACCAUAUUAUUCCUGAAUUACUCCCAAAUUUGUAUGACCUCUUCUUUGUUCACAAUGGUGCAUAAAAGUGAUGCUCAAUAGAAGAAUGAAAGAUUCUGGGCACAGUCACUAAAACUUUAUCUUCAAAAUAAAGUGAUGGUAAAAUGUGACUAAAGUAGCUGGCAACAAAAAAGGUCAUAUCAUCCACUGUAGAACAGUCAAGAUAGGAUCUUGUCAUGCAAUAUUCAGAGGGGAUUUUUGUUGGGUUGUUUUUGUUUUUUUUUAUUAUUAUUUUAAGACUGUUGGAAAACUUGAAGUCAUUCACCUCUUGCAGUCUACAGUCUUUGACAAUCCAGUAAUAACUUCACAGGUAAUGUUUGAGUGCAAGUAGGGCUAGGUGAACCAUUUCAAACAAAAUUGCAUCCCUUAGCACAAAUCAUGAAUUUUUUUAAGUUCUCUGUGUUGUCCUUUGGUGGAGAUUGUGUUUGAACUGGCAGAUAGAAAAAAAAAAUCAUGAAAAUUCUCACACAUUUAUCAUAAUUAGCUAAUUGCUGGUGGAUGUUAAAGUAGGUCUGGAAAAUGUGACAACAGGUUUGGACCUUGUGUGGGUCUCGAGGGUAGGAAAAGCUGAUUUCUACAUAUUUUGAAUUGUAACUACAAUUUAGGUUGAGUUUUUUCCAAUUCUUUUCAUGACUUUUUUUUAAAUGCUUGAAUUUUGUGAGUGACUAGAUUCUAGUCUCAAUGAACAAUUCUAGUAUGUGCCCACUGCAAUCUCCCACAAAACAUGGGGGUUGUUUCACAAUGAAGUUUCUCUCAAUUACAUGAACAAAAAUAACGAGAAAGCAUUUUUUCUGAAAUGUAGAAAAAUAUUUUAUUUGGAGCACAGCACCAAUCUUUAACAUAAUGUUAUCUUGGGUAACAACAGUUCUCUACAGAUCUUGUCAAAGAUGCUCGCUCACAUGAGGGUACACCAUGCACUCCAAAAUAAAUAGGAACAGUUUUUCCAUUGACAGUUUAAGACACCAUAUCUAAUGAGUGAUAGUCAUGUUCGACUAGAUGUGAGAGGUAUCCUUUUUAAGAGUAUGGAAUGGAGAUGGGGAAAGGCUGGGUGUGCAGAUACCUUAGUACAAUAAAACCUUCACCAGUGAGGUAAUAUGGACAGAGUUUUGGAGGUUUUUUUAAAGUAUUUUUUAUGUGCAUGCACAGGUUUGUGUAGACAUUGUGAUAUCACUACAAUAUGCCCUGAGAGAUAUGACUGAUUCUUACAAAAAAAAAAAAAACAACCUAUGUCCAUGACCCAUGUCAAAAGAACCUUGGAAGCAAGAGGAAUGUAGCUGAUUGAAACUGGGGUGGAUGAUGGAAGCUGAGAAAGAUAAAACCCUUUCACAAACUCAAGCCUUUACCUCUUGAAUGCUAAUAAAAAUGCACUGAUAAGAGAAUGUCUAGAGAAGAAACCUUUGUUUACACAAAAAAGUAACUUAUGUCAGUAUUGAAUGUCUCUUACAUCCAACAGCUCUUGGCACGGGUUCAAAAGACUAGAACAUCUUUCAAUAGUUUAAUACCCUUUCCAACAGCUGACUUUUCUUGAAAAAUAAUUCUUACAAUCCUCAGUCCUGAAACCUGCUUCUCUUGCACAGGCAAAGACUAGUGAUAUUUUUGCCUACUGCUUCCUGAAAAAAAGAUGGUGGAUUCCAAAUAUCAACUUGCAAGUUUAGGUCACUUCAUCGACCCGCAGUGCACUAAGCAUAUCACAUUAUUCUAUACAGGCAACAUAUUUGCAUUGAAUAAAUUCUGUAUUACUACCCUUAAAGAGCAAAUAUCAACACAUAA